AUGAGGGGGAUCCACUUCUUCCUCACGCUAGCAUUCCUGCUGCUGGCUGUUUUCACCGCUGCGCCUUCGGUCCGCGGUGAGGAGUCAAAGGAAGACUAUGGCACCGUUAUCGGUAUUGAUCUUGGAACAACUUACUCGUGCGUCGCCGUCCACAAGAACGGUCGCGUCGAGAUUAUCGCGAACGAGCAGGGUAACCGCAUUACGCCGUCAUGGGUCGGAUUCACCGCCGAUGGCGAGCGUCUGAUUGGUGACGCUGCAAAGAACCAGGCUCCCAGCAACCCUGAGAACACUAUCUUUGAUGCCAAGCGUUUGAUCGGUCUUCGCUACGACGACAAGGAGGUUAAGCGUGACAUUAAGCACUGGCCGUUUGAGAUCACCAACAAGGACGGCAAGCCCAACUUCCGCGUCAACGUCAAGGGCGAGAAGCGCACCUUCAGCCCUGAGGAGAUCUCCGCCAUGAUUCUCGGGAAGAUGAAGGAGGUCGCCGAGGCUUACCUCAACACCAAGGUCACCCACGCCGUCGUCACCGUCCCCGCUUACUUUAACGACGCUCAGCGCCAGGCCACCAAGGACGCCGGUGCCAUUGCUGGCCUCAACGUCCUGCGCAUUGUCAACGAGCCCACUGCCGCCGCCAUUGCCUACGGCCUGGACAAGAAGGGCAAGGAGCGCCACAUCCUCGUGUACGACCUGGGAGGUGGUACUUUCGAUGUCUCGGUUCUGGCUAUUGACAACGGUAUCUUUGAGGUGCUCGCCACCUCCGGCGACACUCAUCUUGGUGGUGAGGACUUUGACAACAAGGUCGUCGAGCACUUUGUUCAGCUCUUCAAGAAGAAGACUGGCAAGGACGCCCGCAACGACAAGAAGGCUAUUGGCAAGUUCAAGCGCGAGGCCGAGAAGGCCAAGCGCACUCUUUCGUCCCAGAUGUCUGUCCGCGUUGAGAUCGAGUCCCUCCUUGACGGUGAGGACUUCUCGGAGACCAUCACCCGUGCCAAGUUCGAGGAGCUCAACAACAACCUGUUCAAGCGCACCCUGAAGCCUGUCAAGCAGGUUCUGGAGGACGGAGGCAUUUCCAAGUCCAAGAUUGACGACAUUGUGCUGGUCGGUGGCUCUACUCGCAUCCCCAAGGUCCAGAAGCUUCUCGAGGAAUUCUUUGACGGCAAGAAGGCCAGCAAGGGUAUUAACCCCGACGAGGCUGUCGCCUUUGGCGCAGCUGUCCAGGCCGGCAUCCUCACUGGUGCCGCUGGCACCGACGAUGUCUUGCUUCUUGAUGUCAACCCCCUGACCCUCGGUAUCGAGACCACCGGCGGCGUGAUGACCAAGCUCAUCCCCCGCAACACCCAGAUCCCGACCAAGAAGUCGCAGAUCUUCUCGACCGCCGCUGACAACCAGCAGACCGUCCUCAUCCAGGUCUUCGAGGGCGAGCGCUCGCUCACCAAGGACAACAACAAGCUAGGCAAGUUUGAGCUCACCAACGUCCCACCUGCUCCCCGCGGCGUGCCCCAGAUUGAGGUCACCUUUGAGAUUGACGCUAACGGCAUUCUCAAGGUCGGUGCCAUCGACAAGGGCACUGGCAAGGGCGAGUCGAUCACCAUUACCAACAACAAGGGCCGUCUUUCCGAUGAGGAGAUCGAGCGCAUGAUCCGCGAGGCCACCGAGUUUGCCGACGAGGACCGUGUCCUCAAGGAGCGCAUUGAGGCCAAGAACACCUUUGAGCAGUAUCUGUACAGCAUCAAGAACCAGGUCACUGACAAGGAGCAGCUCGGCAGCAAGAUCAGCAAGGACGACAAGUCGACCGUCAUGGCCGCCAUCAAGGAGGCUGAGAAGUGGCUCAGCGACAACGCCGCUGAUGCCACCAAGGAGGACAUUGACGAGCAGCGCGAGGAGCUCGAGUCUGUGUUCAACCCCAUCGUGUCCAAGCUGUACGGCGGUGCCAAUGCCAAGAAUGACGACGAUGAUGAGGAUGAGGAUGCCGAGCACGAUGAGCUCUAA